UCUAAACCAGACAAUGGCUCAGCUUUUCAUCAAGAAUUUCCAACUAUUCAGACGAUCCUACGCGGUUGCGACGGAGAACAUGAAGAAGCAAGCGGUGGCGUCGGUUAUGAGAAAGACGACAGAUGUUUUUCCGGCAGAUGAUGGGGGGAAGGGGAUGUUUUGGAUGAGAGAUCCGAAGACCGGGAAUUGGAUUCCGGAGAAUCACCUGGGCGACAUUGAUGUUGCAGAGCUGAGGGAGAAGCUUCUUCCCAAGAAUCACAAAUAA